CUUCAAAAUAACAUAUGCAGGAAACCUACGAUAAAAUACGUUCCAACCGCGACUUGUUUUGUUAGGAUUUAAAAAAUAUAAUUACGACUACCUUUAUGCCUUUGUUAAAGCAGAAAGGGAGAAUUUGAAGGAGGUGUGGUUGUUGUUUCUAGAAAAUCGGAAGACCACGAAGAGACCCGCUCCUUUGUACGUUAUAGCUUUUGUGUUGUUCAAUACAAUUAAAGAUGAAAAUUAUUAUAAUUGAAGGUGUACCUGGCUGUUAUAUUAUUGGGAACUUUUAACAUAUGUCACCGGUAUGAUUGAAACGAAAGAAGCAUUUAUUAACGACACCGUCUGCUGUGUUUGGUUUUAAUUAGUGUAAUUAUAUCAUAUGUGGUAAUUACCUCAUGUUAAGGUGCACGUUAAUGUUUAUGGACAACACAGGGCGACCUACGUGUUUGAGGGUCGGUGUUCCAUCUCCUCCGUCGUUAAUUAUUUCAUUUGAUCACAGCUUUGCAUCGUUAAUUGGUUUUUCCCUAUUUUACAGAAAAGGGGGAAAUGACUUUUAAUUAACAACAAUUCGGUCAAUGAACUUUCUUCAGCCUUCUCCACACUUCAUUUGGACUUUAUACCAAACAUUCUACUGGUGAGUAGAAAAUAUAUCUACGUUAUGUCUGUUCCACACUUGUAAACAAAGAUCUGUGAUGUCUGAGACAAGGAACUUUUUAAGAAUUCCUCAAGAAUUCAUAUGGAGAACGUUGAUCAGUUGGACAUUUCAAACACAACUGUUUUUAAGAACGGAGAUGCAGUUGAAGAGACAGAGAGAGAUGAGGAAGCUGAAGACAAAAGUGUUGGUGAAUUUCGCUGUGAGAUUUGUAGGAAGAAAUUCUCUUCAGAAGAUGAAGUCUUCUCGCAUGAAGAAAUACACAAGAAGAAGAAACGGUUCCGUUGUGAAAUCUGUGGGAAAUCAUUUAGUGCUAAAGCUUAUCUUUUGAUUCACAAACGUAGUCAUACAGGAGAAAAACCAAUCCAUGGGAAAUGUUUUGUUUCCAACGGAGAUUUAAAAAGACACAAAAGGAUGCACUCGGGCGCAAAACCUUACAGCUGUGAAGUAUGUGGGAAAAUUUUCAGUCAAAAUUCUAAUCUUGUUGUUCAUAAACGGAGUCACACAGGAGAAAAACCAUUCGAGUGUGAAAUUUGUGGGAAAUCUUUUGUUUCCAACGGAGAUUUAAAAAGACACAGAAAAAUCCACACGGGGGAAAAACCGUUCCACUGUGAAGUAUGUGGGAAAACUUUCAGUCAAAAUUCAAAUCUUGUUGUUCAUAAACGGAGUCACACAGGAGAAAAACCAUUCGAGUGUGAAAUAUGUGAUAAAUCUUUUGUUUCUAGUACUGUCCUAACAACACACAGGCGAAUACAUACGGGUGAGAAACCUUAUCAUUGUGGGAUGUGUAUGAAAUCGUUCACCGAUCAUUCCAGUCUUGUAUUCCACGAACGACAACACACGGGGGAGAAGCCUUAUCCUUGUGAGAUAUGUGGGACCCUGUUUAUGUGUAGCAGUGACUUAACAAAACACAUAAGAGUUCACACGGGAGAAAAGCUUUUCCACUGUGGAAUAUGCGGAAAAUCUUUUACUCAUAAUUCUAGCCUGGUUAGCCACAAACGAAGUCACAUCACAGGUCGGAAAAGCUUGUUGUGAAAUGCACUGGAAGUCUUUUGUCUAUUGUAAUAACUCAUCAUCGUCAUUUAACGUCGCUUUUUCUAUGCUGGCAUGGGUUGGAUGGUUUGACAAGCGGCGAGCUGGCAGAGUGGUUAGCACGCCGGGCAAAAUGCUUAGCGGUAUUUCGU